GAGAGGAGCACCAACUGGGAGCGUGUCGCCGUUGUGUACGCAAAACGGAACGAAAUUGUUUUUUUUGUGCACCAAAAGACGGCGAUCGUGCAAAAUUCGAUCUACGCUUUUUCAUACAAGUAUAGGGGAAUGUUGAUGGAAACUACGGUCGUCUGAAUACUGUGGGUACCCGGGGGGACGAAAAGUUCGUCUCCAUCGAUACUCUGCGCUCUGGCGCUUGGGGCUCGACUUAGAAUCGUGAGCGAGGUGGGCAAUGCAUUUGCGUAGCGUCCGCUUUUGCGGUUCGACGAAAGUGAAAAUUGUACUGCACAAUUACUUUGUUUUGUAAAUACGGAUUAAGUGUGUUUAUUGCGGGCUCAAUUCAAUGGCUAAGAAGUCGAUGAACGAUGACAAACUGAUUAGCUUGGUGCAGGCUCGGAACGUGAUCUACGACAAAACGGAUCGAUUUUACACGAGCAAGACACAUGUCCGGAAUGCGUGGAAGGAAAUUGCCGUCGAGAUGAAUACAACAGCUAUGGCCUGCCAAAAACGAUGGCGGUACUUACGCGACUACUUCGUUCGUCAACUGCAUACGCUUCCUGAAUCCAAACUGGCUGACAUUAACUCAUCAACUAAUAAUGGUAAAAAGAAGACUCUUUGGUUCCUAUACGAUCGCCUGAAAUUUCUCGCCCCUUUCUCAUCCACACGUCGAGGACGGUCCAAACUUGAAAACCAAGAUCCUAGCCAAGAAUUUCAAGCACCACAAUCAGUAGCACUGUUGAGCAACAGUGCCAAUUCACUCUCCAGCAAUAACUCCGGGCAAAACUCCUAUGAACUAAACUACCUCCAGUUGUUGCAAUAUCAGCAGCAGCUUGGUGACUACCUGCGAUCAUCCGAUGCUGACGCCGAUAAUGCACUUUCAGAUAGAAGUAUUCAGGAAAUGAUCGUAGAUGUGGACCAGUAUGACGACGAAGAUGAGCAGGAAGAACAGGUGGAGGGCGAAGAGGAUGAGGAAGCGGUUGCUGGAAUUCAACAAACAGCAAGGUCAGUCGCAAAUUCACUAGAAGACAGCACAACUCCUUCUCUAUCUACAUCGAAUCAUAUACAUAAGCACUGUCGAUCAGAUGGAUACAAUGAGUUGUUGGAUCUCUUAAGGACGCAACGGCAUGAAAUGGAACUAGACGAACACGAGCAUUUUUUCAAAAGUCUUCUAGCAAGCGUACGGAAAAUCGACGAGGAUCACAUCAUGUCGUUCCGGACCGAAGUAAUGCAGAUCGUGACGAAAUAUUUGUAUAUGAAUAGCAGCGGUAAUGCCGUGAGAGCGAGGGAGGAACCAUCGCAGAUUGUAGUGAUUGAGACUGACCAAUUGCAUUGGAGAAAGAAUUUAAGGAAAUAUAAGGUUUGAAAGAUGCCUCAAGUCCAAAUUUUGGUGAUUUACUUAAGCAUAAGAUAUUAGGAUGAUCUCUCUUGAAAUACGUAUUGGUUUAUACAUUCCUACGUUGUUGUGAAGAAAAAACAGAAUAAAA